AUGAACUUGCAAAGGCAAAAUUUGUUUGUUUUCUUGCUCUUAAUCAUAAUCACCACCAAUGUUUUCGCCGAGUGCACUUGCGAACGAGAAGAAGACGAGGGCAAAAAGAGUGAAGCACUCAAGUAUAAACUCAUUGCUCUUGCUUCAAUCCUCAUAUUUGGUGGCAUCGGUGUUUGUAUACCCUUCAUCGGAAAAAUCGUUCCAGCACUAAGUCCGGAGAAAGAUGGUUUCUUUAUAAUCAAGGCAUUCGCUGCUGGAGUCAUAUUGGCUACUGGUUUCAUUCAUAUACUCCCUGAUGCAUUCGAGACCUUAACAUCUCCUUGUUUGAAAGAACACCCAUGGGGAGAAUUCCCGUUUACAGGUUUUGUUGCGAUGGUCGCAACCAUUCUGACUCUCUUGUUUGAGACUUCAUCCGCGGCUUAUCAGGUCAGAUCUCAUACACAAGCACGCAUAAAGAAUUAUGGAGAUGAGGAGAUAAACCAGGCGCCUAGUGGUCAAGUGGCUGCUCAUACUCAUGCAUCUCAUGGACAUGCUCAUGGAUCUAUGACCCAUGUUGAGGAUGGUUCUUCGGGUUUAUCACAAGUUGAUCGCUAUCGAAUUGUUUCCAAGGUGCUGGAAUUGGGCAUCAUUGUUCAUUCAGUUAUUAUAGGAUUGUCUAUGGGUGCUUCUGAAAGUCCAAAAACCAUAAAACCACUAGUCAUUGCAUUGACUUUCCACCAAUUUUUUGAAGGAAUAGGUCUUGGAGGAUGCAUCUUUCAGGCGGAAUUAAAGUCAUUAUCUGUAAUUAUAAUGGGAGCACUUUUUAGCCUUACAACCCCUAUUGGUAUUGUCAUUGGGAUAAUAGUAACCAAUUCGUACGACGAAAAUAGUUCUACUGCACUAAUAGUAGAGGGUGUAUUAAACUCUGCAUCAGCAGGAAUCUUAAUCUAUAUGGCACUUGUGGACCUUCUUUCACCAGACUUUAUGAACCCACGUUUGCAAAAGAAGAAGACGCUUCUGAUUGGUUCAAAUGUUUCUCUUCUUUUAGGUGCUGGUCUUAUGUCGUUGCUUGCAAAGUGGGCUUGA